CGGAGACGAAGACUCCGACCCCGACCGACCAACACCCAUCAGUCGUCACCACUUGGGGCACCGGCGCACAAACUGGCUUCGCUUCUCUUCGUAAUCCUUCCGAUCGAAAAGAACAAAACGUUUCAGUUAACGCAAGCCGGUAGAGGCCUCAAAACUAACAGUUCGAAGGAGGCAGAAGCUGAGAGUUGUUAAGGCGUUAGCUUGGUCGGCAGCUGUAAUUUUUGCACGUCAAUUACAUUCCUCCCUUAUCUUUUUAUAACACCCCAACGUCUACAGAACACCAUAUCGAGAUGUCUUCCUGUCCAGCUCCACCUCCCGCUCUUAAGGACCUUCCAAAAGUCGCAGGUGACCUUAAGAGCGAAUUGGAGGGAUUCAAGACUGAUAGCUUAAAAAAUGCUCCAACACAGGAGAAAAUAAUCCUUCCAUCUGCAGAGGAUUUAGCCCAAGAACGCACCCAUAAUGCCCUUAUAGCGGGGGUGGAAAAUUUCAACUUCUCCGUACUCAAACGUACCGAUACCAAAGAGAAAAUAGUGUUACCAAAUGCCCAAGAUGUGGCCGCUGAAAAGAAAGAAAAGGCCCUUAUUGCGGGCAUCGAAAAAUUCGAUCAUAACAAAUUGAAACACACGGAAACCCAGGAGAAAAAUCCAUUGCCUGAUAAAGAAGCCGUCCAACAGGAAAAAAAUCAUCAGAAUUUAAUAACCGGAGUUGAACAUUUCGACAAAUCGUCAAUGAGACACGCCACAACCACCGAAAAAAUUGUCCUUCCAAAUUCAGAAGUUGUGCAGCAAGAAAAGACUCAUCAAAGGUUGCUAGAUGGAGUUGAACAUUUUGAUAAAACUACCAUGAAACACACGACUACAACCGAAAAAGUCGUGCUUCCAGGUUCAGAAGUUAUUCAACUGGAAAAAGGCCAAAAACAAUUGCUCUCUGGAAUUGAAAAUUUCGACUCCACUAAGUUAAAACACGCCGAAACUUUAGAAAAGAACUCGUUACCCACGAAGGAAACAAUUGACAAGGAAAAGAGCGCAUAAAAUGGCGACCGACCGCCACUAUCAUCCUACUUGUAUUAUUAAUUUGAUACUUUUAUACGAAUUUUGAUAAAUGUAAUUAUAAAAGUUUACAAAAAAGCAAGCAACGCGCGAUUUAUAUGAAUUUAUUUUUUAUCUGCAUUUAUUAUAAGAACUACAAAUACUGCAAAGGUAUGCUCACGCGUUAUUUGUACUUAUUUUAUGUAUAGUGAAUGCAAAUCAUUGUGUAAUAUCUUAAGUUGCAUAACUAUGGUGCUUUUCAGUAAAAAGAUAUAAAUAAUUAAA